GACAACAUAAUAUUACUCAAACGUCGACGUUUAAUAAAUACAAACGAACACAUUCCAAAGAACCUUCUAAUGAACCGUUCUGUUGUAGAUAAACCAUCGAAAAUGUCGGACAAGAAAGUAUUAAAAGGCCUCGACAAACUCGCCUACUACGCAUCGUACGUAACAGUCGAACCCACGCUGGUCUUGUACAUGAUGGCCUUUAUGACAACCAGCGUCAUCGAACAGUCCUUCUACGUGUACAAAUCCUGCAUAGCGAAUCACGGCUACAACGAAACAAUAUGCAGGAAUUUAAACAAAAAACAGCACGAAAACAUUACGAAGGAAGUACAGGUAACUACAUCAAACUUCUUGAUAUGGAAUAAUAUAGCAGGACACGCCGUUCCGAUAGUAUUGGCUUUAUUCAUGGGCGCUUGGUCUGAUAAACGAGGCAGAAAACUACCUCUAAUAAUCGGACUAACAGGCAAACUAAUAUUCUCUCUGAUGAUAGUCGUGAACAGUUUAAACCCCCAAUGGCCCGUCGAGUACAUAAUCUACACAGCCACUCUACCGAGCGCCCUAUCCGGAGCCGAUGUAGCCAUAUUCGCUUCCAGUUUCACCUACCUCAUCGAUGUCUCAUCGCUCGAGUACCGAACGAUGAGAGUCACCGUUUUAGAGGUGGCCUAUCUCGCUACGAUGCCUCUCGGAGUGGCCCUCGGCUCCUACCUCUACAACUAUGUUUUAAACAAAUCCUACACGUACAUGUUUAUAAUCAAUUCCUGUCUGAUGAUCGGGGCUAUUUUGUACUCCUCGUUGCGUUUACGAUGGAGGACGAAUCUCAAGCAACGACCGCUCUCGGAGGCCCCCAACAAGCUAAGAGACUUCUUCGAUUACAAUCACCUGGUGAAUACAGUGCAAGUGAUGUGUAAACGGCGACCGAAUAAUCGAAGGAUUUAUUUACUAGUACUAGUAGGGAUGAUGAGUUUGUAUACGUUUCAACGGGACGAACGGGAGAUUAUGUACAUGUAUUGUCAGAGGGUGUUCCAUUGGAAUGUCGAAGAGUUUAGUAAGUUUAGAACGGUGCAAUCGGCUCUGCAGGAUGUGAUUUUAUUGAUCGCUGUGCCUUUGAUGAGCAGGGUGUUGGGUUUACGUGAUACUGUUAUAAUCAUGUUCGGGGCGAUUAUGCAUUCGUCGGCGAGGAUAUUUUACGCUACUGCGAAUGCUGCUCUUCUGUUUUACAUAGGUGGAGUAAUCGCUUCGUUUGGUCCUGUCGUAGCGCCCGUAAUUAGAUCGUUGGUAUCGAAAAUCAUCACCGAAUCGGAGAAAGGUAAAGUUUUCGCCGUACUGGCUGUAGCAGAUGUCGCCGUUCCCAUUUUAUCCGGUACAGCUUACAGUUCCUUGUACAACCUUACGAGACAUUCGAGCCUAUCGGCUGUUUAUUAUUUAACCAUGGCCACCCAAUUGGGCGUAUUUUGUUUGGUUUUGUAUAUCCAUUUUAAGACGAAACCGAAUGAAUUCGAAGAGGUUUCGAACACAAAUUGCGAUUCUACUACAGAGAAAACGGACGAAGUGAACCUAGAUGAAAGGUCGAGACUAAAAUAGUAUUAGAUAUUAGAUUUUGUAUGUGCUUUGUAGGAAUUGAUUAUGUAGGUAGAUUUUUUUUAUUAAAUUUUGUAUUUGCG